GAGUUGCUUACCUUACAGAUUAAAGCGCAUGCGUAUGAAAUGUUUCUAUGACUACAAAAUAAUCUUCCUCCGAGGUGUUAUGGUUUGCUACAACUACAGUUAGAAAAUCAUUGAGCUUGUUUGAUAAGGAACAGCGGCUAUGCCAGGAAGUGCAACAUCAUUCUCAGGGGGUUCAAACUCCAGCGGAUCAAGAAGAGGAAAAACAAGACAGUACAAGACCCUUAGUAAUCAUUCACAAAUUGAUGAAUCCCUCUUUGGUCAGUUACAGUCACAACAGAUCAGGCAUGUGAAGCUCAAGGAGAAAUUCCAAGAUGUGCAGGAAAUGCCUUCUUACAAUGAAGGGGUUGGAAUUGAACAGUUAGCCCAAGAAAGAAAUAAUCGAAGAAGGAAGGGAGAGGCAAAACCACAGAAGGAGCUUGUGACUGUGAUAACUAAGGAUUUAAUUAGAAAACUUGUUGUACCAUCAGAUGAUCCUUCAGGUGAUUCAAUCAUCAUACCAAGAGACCAGUUCUUUCGCAUUCUGCAAGCAUCUCGUGUUCUAACUAAAGAGGAGAGAGAGGCUGAGGCAGAGAGGCUAAAACAAGAAAGAGAAAAGGCCAUGGAUGAAGUGCAGGAGCGUAAAAAUCGCAUGAAGCAGUUGGAUUUAACAAGACAGAAAAAUGCAAAGUUGAAUGACCUGGAAGAGGAAGCUAAAGAAAAGGCGGAGCACUUGUUGACAAAAGCCAAUGAGAUGAGGCAAGAGCAAGAAGAUGAAAUAAAACACUUGAAUGAGGUCAUAUUGAAUGCUAAAUGUCACGCCAUUCGAGACGCCCAGAUAUUAGAGAAAGAUCUCAUAAAGAAAGAGAUGAUAGAAGAAGAAAAAAGAUUGGACCUCAUGAUGGAAGUUGAUAGAGCAAAUGCAAUUAAGAUUUAUGAAGAGAUUGAAAAGAAACGGAAAGAAGAGCAACUUCUUGGAGCUGCCAAACUUUUGGAACAAAUUGAUGAAAAUGAAAAAGAUAAACUUUUUGAACUUGAGCGCAAAGAUCAGGAAAACCUCCAGAUGCAGAGAUAUAUUGAGAAAUUAAUGGAAGAGGACCAAGAUGUAAUUGAAAAAAAGAAAGCUGAACAAAUAGCUCUAAGAGAAGAACUAAAUAAAGCCAAUGAUGAAAUACUGAAACGCAAAGAGCUGAAGAAACUACAGGAAAAAGCAGAAGAGUUGAAAGUUUUAGAGUUCCAGAAACAGAAAGCUGAAAGAGAAGCAGCAUUUGAAAAGGAGCAGGAAAAACUUAGAAUUGAAAAAGAAAAGGAAGUGGCCAAAUUGAGAAGUUUACAAGAGAGGGCUAGAGAUGAGCAGGCAGAAAGGGACGCUCUUAGAGCCAAGCGGGCCCAGGAGCAGACUGAGAGAGAGUGGCGCAGGAAAGAGGCAGAGGAGCAGAGAAAGAAAGCAGAAAUGGAGGAGAGCCUGAAAGAGGCUAGGAGUGUCCAAAUGCACCAAAAGGAACACUUCCUGGCUGUGCAGGCACAAAGAGAAAGAUUGGAAUUUGAGAGAGUUCUUAGAGCUCAGAAAGAGCUUGUCGAAAAACAGAAAAGGGAAGAGGAAGUGGCCCACAAGAAAAAAGUUGUUUACACUGAUGAAAUUCGCUCACAGAUCAGAGAGAAAGAGAAGCAGAGAUUAGCGGAGCGCAAUGCAUUUUUUGAAGAAGGUGUUAAACUUGAUGAGGAGGCUAGAGCCAGGAGGAUGAAACUGGAGGCUGUGAAAAGAAAGAAAUUGAAUGAAUUGAGAGCUAUGGGGAUACCUGAUAAAUACUUAACUCUUGUGGACCAGAAAGUUAAAUUUGAGUUUCCAAAAGAAACAACUUAGGGAGGCUGGCAUUCCUGACAAAUAUCUGGCCCAAGUUGAACGUAAAGUCAAUGAGCCUCACAAGAUUAUGGUAUAGGGAAAUGUUCUUCAGAAAAUUGUGAAUAUUUUUGUUUUUAAUGUACACACUUUUUGAACAGAAAAUGUCUAAGACAAAACUAACUAAUAAUAUAAUAAUUUAAUUUAUAGAGCUCUGUUAACAAACAUAAGUUAAGCUCAAUGCACUUUAAGAAUGAUCUUAUUGAUAAUCUAAACUGUCAAGAAAUUUAUGAAAAACAUUUAACUUUUUUUUUUUUU